GGCACCGCAGUAACAACGCACGCACUGACGUUGUGCGCGUUACGUCACCGGGACGUUCUCUCUCUCGCUGGUUACAUACAACAUACAUUCCAUAUCUAAUCUUAGUUAUUAUUAUUUGUAUUAUAAUAUACUACCCAAAAGUCGUUUUAUUUGUUUUUUUUUUUGGUGUUGACUGCACGUAGACGAUUUUAUGGAUGUUCAUUCGCACGCAGCAAAUAUUUCAGUUGUCGUGUACGUCGUGAUGGUUGAAAUGGUGAAAAAACGAUGAUUUUGUUUUUUUUUUAAAGUGAAUUGGUGUUGUUGGUGAUUGUUGGAUUACGUGCGGGAAUCGCGUGUUAUUGGCUUGCUUGGACUGGCGUGUGGUUAAUAAAUGUGCGGGAGAGAGUAAGAAAUAUAUAAACGAUGAUCCGGUACUGACUGAAGGGGAUUUUUUUACGUAAAAAUGCGCCGAUGCCGUUUGUUGUGUUAAAAAAAAAAUGAUUAUCAAAACCAGCAACGACGAUAUGGACGCACUUUUCGAUAGUGAGGAUAUCGUCGAAGAGGAAGAAGAGGAGGAUGACGAGGCCGAUUUGGAGGUAGCCGCUAUGCAAGCUAUAGAGAAUAUUGAACGUGGGGUCCUACACCAUAGGAAGAGUUCUCUGGCCUUAACCCCCGAAGAAGAGCCGCUCGAUAUCAGCAGAGGUCCCAAUGAAUCCAAGUAUGGUCUAAUAGUUCCCACAUUGAAGCACCAUUUGAGGUUACUUCUGGUAUUCUCCCAUCCAGAUCCAGUAUGCGAGACGAUAACCAAAGCAGCUGAUAAGUUGGGUUUCGAGAUCACUACCACAAACACAGAUAUCGGAGCUCUGGACGAGUAUCAGAUAAAAUCCCACGAUUUGGUGAUAGUGGAUGCUAGAGUCAAAUGUUUCGAUAACGAUUUACUGUGUCGGUCCAUUCGCAAUACAAAGGGCAGCCAACACACCGUCAUCAUAGCAGUAGUAAAAAAAAGUGCAUUUGAAAAAGACGAUGGCAUCAUCGCGUCCCUCCUAGAAUCCGGAUUUAAUAGGUGUUUUGUAGAGUCUACGAACGUCCUGGUGGCGGUCAACGAGCUGAUUUUACUGAAGCAUUGCGAGCUACGAACGUUGGCGCAACACGCCACUUGUCAAGCCUUGUAUACCGCCCUGGAUAAAUGUAAGGAUCUAGUCAUUGUGACUGAUGACAGUUACAAAUUUCAGUAUAUGAACGCGGCAUGUGAAAAGCAACUAGGCCUGAGGCAGGAGGAUACGUUAGGGAAAACCCUUCAGGAGCAGCUCGUGUACGAUACGGUGCAAAUAAACACGAUGGGCUCGUCCCUUUUAAGGGCCCGCGAGUGGAGCGGACCCAUGACACUUAAACGGAAAUCGACCCAAGAGACCAUAGUCAGCGCCUGUAAGGCUGUUCCCUUUUCUUGUGCCGGAAGGAUGCCGACCCACUUCAUCCUGAUUUUUGACACGAAUUCGAUUGAUCCGAAUAUUUUAUCGCAGUCCCGGGGUAGCAUCCACUCGAUCAGACGUGGAUCGACGGACGUGCGGAGCGUCAGCAGCGAUUAUCUACGACGUACGUCCCUCGCGAAAUUAAACGCGCUUCCCCUGGAGGCUCCCAUCACCAAGAUAGUCGGUUUAAUCGAUCAGAUACGCGAGAACGUCUCGUCCAACCCCCAGCUGCUACCCCUCAUCGACAAAGUGGAGGAUAUCUUAAAAAGUUCCGAACUGUACGCCUCCCACGUGAAAGAAGAUUAUCGGAUGAAGGUGGAUGAACCGGUUGUUUCAGACUUGAUUACCGCCUUAUUAUCGAAAACCCCUCAACCUACCGCGACCGCCUCUUCCAGGAGGAGCAGUAACGAUUCCUCCGUGUUCAGACCCUCCAGGACCGGACUAAUUAAGGCCCCCGCAGCUAUUCGAGACCUCCUAGAAUCCUCCCUUACAUGGGAAUUUGACAUAUUCAAACUGGAGGAUCUGUCACGCAAACGACCGCUACAACACUUGGGCAUGAACCUUUUCAAUCACUUUGACGUCGGCGGCUCUUUAAAUUGCGACGAACGGACGUUAAGCAACUGGCUGACCGUCAUCGAGGCGAAUUACCAUUCGGAGAAUUGGUACCAUAAUUCCACACACGCGGCCGACGUGAUGCAAGCUACAGGGGGUUUCCUGGAAAAGGAGCGUAUGAAAUCGAUAAUGGAGCCUCUGGAUGAGGCGACCAGCCUGAUAGCGGCCGCCGCCCACGAUCUGGACCAUCCAGGAAAAUCCAGCGCCUUCCUGUCGAACUCGAACAAUCCGUUGGCGAUUUUGUAUAAUGACGUCACGGUUCUGGAGUCGCAUCACGCCGCAAUGACGUUCAAGUUGACGUUAGGUGACGAGCGGGUGAACAUAUUCAAAAAUCUGGAUAGGGACACGUACAAACUCGCCAGGCAUAACGUGAUCGAUAUGAUUUUAGCAACAGAAAUGACAAAACACUUCGAACAUUUGGCCAAGUUCGUUAAUGUAUUUUGUACGCGGUCCUCCGGGGGUUCCGACAUGGGAGAGAUCGAAGAUUUCGCACCGGUCCUCAACCCGGAGAACACCACGUUGGUAAAACGUAUGAUGAUCAAGUGCGCCGACGUUUCGAACCCGACGCGGCCUCUUCGACUUUGCGUGGAGUGGGCGAGGCGGAUCGCCGAGGAAUACUUUCAGCAAACGGACGACGAAAAAGCCCGAGGGCUACCGGUCGUCAUGCCAAUGUUUGACCGACAAACCUGCUCGAUACCCAAAUCACAAAUCGGAUUCGUCGAUUAUAUUAUCAACGAUAUGUUUGAAGCAUGGAACGCGUUCGUCGAUAUGCCCGAACUGUUGACUUACAUGCGGCAAAACUACAUAAGAUGGAAAGAGUUCGACGAGCAGGGCCACACUACUCUAAGCGACAUCCAGAAACUUCAAGCUACUCUUUUGGCACCUACGUUAACUUCCAAUAUCAAGUCUGACUAGCAUAAGUAUUCACGUCACAGCGUUGACAUCAGUGACUUAAGACAUAUUUUUACUCAGAGAACUAUGUACUACAAUACCUGAAGAGAUAUAUGCGCGCGCAUAUCUUUUAUUAAGUAUUUCUUGUAUAAAUUUUAUUAAAUUAAUGUAAACACACAUCUAUUUAUGUAUCUAUUUUUAAUAAAUGUUAUUAUAUUAUGUGCAUGCUGGCCGUGCGACGUUGUCUACUUGUCAUUUUAUAUUCUUUGAGGAAUAUAUUUAGGGAAAUUUUACUGUAUUGUAAAAGUGUUUUCUAUUUGUAAGAUAUAUGUGGGACGUAUACUGUUUUCUUUCUUCCUAAAAGUCUAUUAAAUGAAAUGUUUUUGUA